AUGUCGACCUCCGCUCAUUUCAAACUGAGCGACUUUCCUCACAAAGUCCUCGAUCCGAUUGCCACUCUCACCGUUCCCCCGACCUACGCGACCAUCAAGCAUGCUCAACGCCAGCUCAUGACCAACGCCGCCGCCAUUCCCACGCUCAAUGGUGGUGGCGCCCAUGGCCAUAUGGCCUUGACCCUCACCCCCCUUGCCUACGCCGACAUCAGCAACGUCCCGUUCGUCAUUCCCGUCGCCCCUCCGGCCAAUCCGCCCCCCGGUGCCACGCAACCGCAAAUCACCGAAAACAACCGUGUCCAUCAACGCGACGCUGACAUCUAUAACUUGUAUGUUGCCGUCAACAAUGCCCUCCGCCAGCAGCUUCUCGAUGCGAUUCCUCGCAUCUAUGUGCGCGCCCUUGCGCACCCGAUGUUCGAGUUCAGCAAUGUUACCUGCCUUGAUUUACUCUCGCAUCUCUGGACAAAGUACGGCACCAUCAAGCCCGCCGAACUUCAGAAAAAUUUCCAGUCCAUGUACACCCCCUGGAACACCACUGAACCGAUCGAGUCCGUGUUUCUCCAGCUGGACGAGGCCAUUGCGUUCUCCACCGAUGGCAAUGACCCCAUCUCGGAGGCUGCUGCAGUUCGAGCCGGCUACGAAGUCAUUGCGCACUCUGGCCUGCUCCCUCUUGACUGCAAAGAAUGGCGCAAACUGCCUCUUGCUUCUCACACCCUUGCAAAUUUUCAGCAGCACUUCUCCCUUGCCGACGACGACCGGCGCCUUACGGCCACUACCGGUUCACUUGGCUAUGCCAACGUUCUCGCUGCUACUCCCUCUCUGGCUCCAGCCACGGUUUCCGACACCCUCAGCCUGCCUUUCUCCGCGCUCUCUGUGUCCCAGCCUUCUGUCUCCUCCCCGGACAUGACCUAUUGCUGGCCCCAUGGGACCAGCAAGAACAGGCGCCACACCAGUGCCACUUGCAAGAACAAGGCCCCUGGUCAUCGCGACGACGCGACGGCCACCAACACCCUUGGCGGCUCCACCAAGCCCCCUCCCCGCCUAGUCCACACACCUCAGCCAUUGCCGACACUGGCUGCACUGGCCACUACAUCACGGCACCCAGCCAACCCCAGCCUAGCAGUCCGUGUCCCGAACGGCGCAGUCCUCCGAUCGAGUCAUGUUGCCACCCUGGCCCUUCCUGGUUUCUCCCCUGCCGCCUGCCAAGCACAUAUUUUUCCUGGGCUUGCCUCCCAUCCGCUCCUCUCUAUUGGACAACUGUGCGACGACGGUUGCACGGCAACCUUCUCGGCCACUCGGCUCGACAUUCAUCGUGACGCUACACUGCUGCUCUCUGGUGCCCGCUCCCCCCACACUGGUCUCUGGCACCUCGAUCUUGCCCCCGCUCCCUCUCCUGCGACGGCCCACGCCCUUGUUCCCCACACACCCCUUGCCGACCGCAUUGCUUUUGUCCAUGCCUCGCUCUUCUCCCCGGCACUUUCAACGUGGUGUCAGGCACUCGAUUCCGGCCAUCUUACCACUUUUCCCGACAUUUCCUCCCGACAAGUCCGCAAAUAUCCACCCAGCUCCUCCGCCAUGGUCAAGGGUCACCUCGACCAACAACGCGCAAACCUUCGCUCCACCAAGCUUCCCCCUGUUGGUUCCCCCACCACGACUGCACCCCCUGCCCGCUCUGUACCCGACCUUGAUCCUCCCAAUGCCCCACCAGUCGCACGUACGCACCACGUCUUUGCUGCUCAUCAGCGCGUCACCGGACAAAUCUACACCGACCAACCAGGCCGUUUCCUUACUCCUUCAAGUGCCGGCCAUAACGACAUGCUCGUACUGUAUGAUUACGACAGCAACGCCAUCCACGUUGAACUCAUGAAGAACAAGUCUGGCCCCGAAAUUCUCGCCGCCUAUAAACGCGCUCAUGCUCUUUUCACCCAGCGAGGCCUCCGUCCACAACUCCAGCGCCUCGACAACGAAGCCUCUGCAGCCCUCCAGUCCUUCAUGACCUCAGAGCACGUCGACUUUCAGCUGGCACCCCCCCAUCUACACCGUCGUAAUGCCGCCGAACGGGCCAUCCGCACCUUCAAGAACCAUUUCAUUGCUGGCCUCUGCACCACGAACCCGGAUUUUCCCCUGCAUCUUUGGGACCGCCUCCUCCCCCAGGCCCUCAUCACCCUAAAUCUUCUUCGUCGCUCCCGCAUCAACCCCAAGUUGUCCGCCCACGCACAGCUUCACGGUGCCUUUGACUACAACCGAACCCCGCUUGCUCCUCCCGGCACUCGCGUCUUGGUCCAUGUCAAGCCGUCCGCUCGCGAAACAUGGGCCCCCCAUGCUGUUGAAGGUUGGUAUCUCGGCCCCGCUUUGAACCAUUAUCGCUGCCAUCGCGUAUGGAUCACAGAAACACGAGCCGAACGUGUUGCUGACACCCUUUCUUGGUUCCCGACCCGCCUCUCCAUGCCUUCCGCCUCCUCCACCGACCGAGCCCUGGCCGCCGCCCGUGAUCUUGUCCAUGCGCUCCAAAAUCCCUCCCCCGCCUCCCCGUUUGCGCCCCUCAACGCCCACCAGCACCAGGCCCUCACACACCUUGCCGAUCUCUUUGCCACGGUGGCCGCCCCGGCCGACGACGCCCCCGCACCUGCUCCCGUGCCUCCGGUCCGUCCUCCUACCCCAGCACUUCCCCCAGCUCAGGUCCGUUUUGCCGUCCCUCUCGUCACGGCCGAACAUGCCCCAGCACUUCCGAGGGUGCCCGUUCCUACCGCCGCACUUCCGAGGUUCCGGCGCAUCCACACAACACCCGCACCCGACCCUUUCUUGUCCCGGCCUCCGCCAACGCAGUUGUCGACCCCGCAACCGGCGCCUCCUUAG